UGCAUCAGUAUCCAGACCUGUUUAUACCCAGGGUACGGUAGCCCUGAAUGCAACACUGUCGUAGCAGAAGCACAGAAAACAGUUGUGAUAUUUCUGUUUGUCCCCGACAAUAUUUGGAUGUAUAUCAAAAGCAAGAUCUGAACAUCGUCAACAAGGAAGUAUGGUGUCUGUACAAUACUGUAUAGUGUUCUGGGUCUGUACACUUGCAACGUGGAAUCUCAGCACAGGACUGCAAGCAAAUGGUGAAAACGUAGAGGCGUAUACAACUUACUGGGCACAUCGUUACACAACGACGUGUGGUUUUUGGUACUUGCGUCGGUGCUCAAGAUACAGCCAUAGGUCAGCCACAAAUUACAGAUGCAAAACAGGGUACAGAAGCACAGAUAACACAGACUGCCCACAUCCUAUAUGUGACAGCGAGAUCAACCCCGCUGCUUGCAACAUCGACUACAGCACAUCUCACAUCGUCCACAGUAACGGCAGCACACAGUAUAAGAGUGGAGGCACAUGUAUUUCCCCUGGGACCUGUGACAACUGUACUGAAGGCUUUUACCCCAGCAAUGAACGCUGCAGAAUGUGCAGCGCCAUCAGUAACUGUGACCUGGAGACAUGCAACAGCAGCAGCAACCAGGUGUGUAGUCGCUGUGAGGGGGUCGUGCUGAACCAGACAGGAUACAUGGCAUAUGUGGCGUCUUCUGAUAGAAGAUCAUGCAUACAGGCGUGUUCGUGGCGGAGUGACAGCACCCGGUGUUAUCCCGGGACCUGCAGAAACGAGUACGCCAGUAACUGUAACUGUUCCAGCGGCUUCACAGGGAAACAUUGUCAGACAAUAACAACGAAGCCCACAAUACACUUCAACCUCCUUAGACUGACCGCCAGCAACGGUGACACGACAGAGGCACCUCCUAACAUCAACAGUGGUCCAUCUCAGUCCUCCAGCUGGUCAAACAUCAACUCUCCAUCCAGAAUGUACUACAAUUUUACGGCAAAAUACAAAAUGGAACCACUCUCCAAACAUAACUUCACGGAAGAAUUCGGUGUGGGAAUUGUCGGUGGUUCUGCUACAUUCAAACUCAAGAGAAGUGCAGGUGUUGUCUCCACAAAGGUCUAUAACUGUGGAGGAGCCAACGGAAGCAGCCCGGACACAGACCUGUACACCUGUGAAGGAAACCCAUCAGGGGCGUCUGUACUACCUCUACCCUUCCAACACAGAGAUGUUAUGGAAUUCACUUAUUCAACAAGUAAUGGAGGGUAUGUGAAGGUCCGGGACAAGGAGAGUAACACACUAGCGACCUACUACUACAACGGUGCCACACAGACCCACACCUUUACUGUGUCCAUAGACCUGGUGGAUCCCUAUCACUGUACUGGUACUACUGCCUGUGUUGGCAGCAUGCUGACUGUUCCCGAUGUUAUCAAGACUUCCACAGUGAACCUCCGCUGGAGUGGCUGGUCAGAUGCUGAUGCAGGAGUCGACCACUUUGUGAGGGACGUGUAUGAACUCCACGCUGUUGGGGAUGUACUCAGAGAUAAACGUCGUGUUGACACUACAACGUUGACAAGCUCAACGACGUCCAACAGCUACACACUGACUACGGCGGGCGUGUACUCUGUUGUCCUAACUGCCUAUGACAAGGGAGGCAAUCACAGAAGUACAAGAAGAAUCCUGAUAUAUGAUGGUACUUCAACUGUAACAACACAAGCAAAUACAUCUCUCCGUGUGACAACAGCAUCAUCAGCAACAUCAGAGUGGCAAACUACGUCAUCAUCAGUGACAGUAGACUGGACCAACAGAUACAUCAACACAGUCCACCACAACAACAAGUGGCUCCACGGCGUGGCUUCUCUUGGUGACAUCAGUUCGGACUAUGACGAUAAGGAGGGUGACAGAAGUGUGGCUGCCAUCAACAAUGUUCAAGGUGUAACACAAUUCUUGUCGUCAUACAAAGUCGACCACCAAGGAGGGUCGUCCAUCACCAGUCCACCAGCUGAUAACCUGUUCACCAGUCAAGGUCUGAGUCAGUCACAGACCAUAACACCCUCACUAGUGGACGGGGACACUGUACGCUUCUGGAUACGAGCCUAUGACAUCAGACGGGAAUUCCUUGAAGAACAUGUGACAGUCCACAUCGACACAUCACCCCCAGUCAUAGAGAACCUUUGGCUAACCAGGGGAGACCGACUCAACAUCAGUGUACAUGGAGCAGAGGAGUUUUCCGAUAUGACAAUGGAGUGGAUUGCAUACGAUGAGCACAGUGGCUUGGAGGCGGUGUCAUGGCGUAUUGUAGAUAAAUACCAGGGUUUAGAUAUCGUGCAUGGAGUUCAGCACAUCACGGCUCAAGGGAACACAAGUAGUAUUGCUGACUGCAAGAGCGCCAACACUGAUGCCCCAAGGGGAGCUAACUGUUACUGCACGCCAGCCAUAGGUUGCUACCAUCGUCACUUCCAAGUAAAGCCCAUCGUAGUAGACAGUAGUCUCCCACAUGGAGGAAUAUUCAGCAACAAAAGCAGGGGAUCACACGACUCUGACUACUAUCUAGAGGUCACUGUAACAAACCACGCCAAGCUUACAACAAAGAUGGAGUUUAAAGUGACAAUUGAUACAAGCCCCCCUCAUCCUGGCGUUGUUCAAGAUGGUCAAUUGGGGAACCCGGAAGUGGACUACCAGCAGCAUCUCCAACUCUACGGCCACUGGGACGGAUUCUUUGACAAAGAGAGCGGAGUCAAAUUUUACCAAUAUAAAUUUGGACCUCACUGUCUCUCAGCAAAUGAAUUUGGAGUUAAUAAAUCUUCAUUUGAGGUCAGGGAAACCUAUUCCACAUCCGCCUCCUGGACAGCGCCCUCUGUCGGCAAGUAUCACGUGACAGUGGUGGCCUUCAACCGAGCACUGGAAGCAUCUGACCCAGUGUGUUCUGACGGAGUGACUGUAGACACAACACCACCCAGUGUCAGUGAGGUGGCAGUGAGAGACUCCAGGGUGAUGGAGGGGCUGGUCAAGUCAUCAGAUAAUACUGUGUGGUUCAUCGACGCCCACAGGAGACGUACCCUGGUGGUCAAUCCAGAUGGCAUUUGCAGUUCCAAGGCCACGCCAGUAGAUGACAAGAGACUGUCCCUGUUUCCAAUACAUCGGUACAACAAUGGAAGUGGGAUGCAGCUUUACAAUCCUGCGUGUGAAUCUUUACUAGCAUUGCCUGUCAGCUUCACCAACUUACUCUAUGUCUACAGGGAACACCACCUCUUCGUAAACUGGACUGGCAGUGACACUGAGAGUGGUAUCUAUGACUACGAGCUUGGGCUGAUGUCAGAUCCUUCUGGUGAAGCAGCUCCAGAUAUCCUGCCCUACACGUCUACUCAUCAUCAUCCUCAGUAUCAGGGCUACCAUCCUCGUCUCAGUGAGGGGCAACAGUUCUACAUCGCCAUCAAGGCCAUCAACAAAGCCGGCAUCUCAACUGUCAGAGUUGUUGGACCUGUCACCGUGUAUACACGAUACCCUGCAUUUACUGGAUCAGUGACAGUGACGCUGAGACACAACUAUUUGAUUGCACGUUGGCCAGAGACAGCAUUCACAGAGACAGGGUAUCUAAAAUAUGAAGCUGCAGUAGGAACUAAGGACGGCAAGUCGACAAUAAUCCCCUUCACGACGCUGCAGUCAGGAGGAGGUUGUACACUGACGUCGCCACCCACGUGUACAGCUGUCGCCCUCACAGACCUCCACUGGGACCUCCAUCACAGCCACACCUACUUUGUGUCAGUCAGAGUCACCAACAUAGUAGGACUGUCUACAGUGGCAGUGUCUGAACCCUACGUCCAUGACGUCAUGCCGCCGUUACGUGGUGUAGUAGAAGACGUUAUUCCAGCUGGAGAAGAAUCCUUGUUCACAAUACCGCGUACUGAUGACACAGACUACCAAAUAUCAACCCGAACUUUAACAGCGAGAUGGUAUGGAUUUGACAAUGGAAUAACUGCCAUUACGUACACGGUUGGAAUUGGGUCUCAGCCAUUUACAACAGAUAUCCAGGCGCAUGUCUAUGUUGGAAGUGCAACCUUACAUUCUUUCACUGGUUUGAGCCUGCAUUGGAAAACGAAGUAUUUUGUGACUGUCGUGGCUGCUACCGAUGGCGGCGGAGACGUGACGGUGUCCUCUGACGGUGUGACGAUCAUCAGGCCCAAUGUUGACAUCACAGAUGUCAUUGUCAGAGAUGGCCUAGGAUGCAGUGAUUCUGUGAAUGGUGCUCUCCGAAGUGCAGUAAACCAGGCGAGAUGUUCACGAGAUAACACAUACCAAGUAUCUACUUCAUCAUAUGCGGCCCACUGGGAUACAAGCAACUGGCUGCUCAGUUAUCCUGAUGUACAAUGGAGUUUGCAAAAGAAAGUUCCUCGAACUGUUGACCUAUGGGACAUUGAACGAGAGUUUGAGCCCCUUGGAACAUCGGAUAUGGUGGUGGCUAGCGGUCUGCAUCUUGAACCAGGAACAACCUACAGAGCUGCUGUCAAGUUCUGUGUAGUGAAUGUAUGUUCUAAACCCAUAUACAGUGACGGUGUGACUGUCAUAGCACAUCCUCCAACACCAGGCAAUAUAUCGCUGACGUAUCGGGAAUCUGACAGUGGACAAGCACAGAUCCAGGUGAAGAUGACUCGGUUCCGUGAUCCUGAUAUAAAGGUACUACAAGAAGCUUAUGACGUCAUGGACAGAUACGAGUGGGGUCUUACAGAUGACAGUCACAACGACAAAAUGUUGAUAGACUGGCAGACAGUGGAUGCUGAUGAUAUUGAAAGUGUGGCUGAUGACAAGAUAAGUUUCACUCUAAACCUGCCAAAACUGAUUCGCUUUACCAAGUGCAGAAGAGUAUCAGUCAGGGGCUACAACCACGUUGGUUUACAUACAACGGUGUCAGCAGAUGUCAAAGAAUGUGCAGCAUAUAACCCUCCAAAUAUCGUGCCUGCAGUUGUCCUAGAUGUUAUCGGAGCAAACAACGAAAAUGUUGGUCAAGGAAUAACCUUAGAUCAGAAUAGUCACUGGAAUGAUGCUGACUACACUCCCUACAAGAACAUCCUGUCUGCUGUGUGGCCGACGCUACGUCACAGGAACUACACGUGGGCAGUGGUGGCAGGACCAGUUGACCCCUCAUCUCACUACAAGAGAGAGACUCUGAUGACCGUCACUGACCCCUGUAGCAUGCCGGAUGUCAUCAAGUGUGGACACACGGUGAACGAGUUCAUCAACGUGGAGUUUGCAGAGCUGUCCUACUUACAACACGGCAGGAGAUUUUAUGUGUGCAUCCAUGCUGAUGACAAAAACACUCGUUUUGAGAAGUGGACAUCACCUCUGACUGAAGUGAACGCCUGCAGUGACGGCAUCACUGUCGAUCUGACUCCACCUACACCGGGGACAGUGAACAUCGAGAACCUCAUAGACGGGACAUUUCAGGUUAGCAAAACAGAAGUUGCAAUUAGCUGGACCGCUUUUGAUGAUGUGGAAGAGGAAGGAUUCUCUACUCAUGCUGCUGGGAUUGCCUUUUAUGAAGUUGCAGUAGGUACUUUCCCUGGUGGACAAGAUGUUGUCAUUUACACCCGUGUUGGAUAUGUAAACAAGUACAUUCUACACAGGCUCAACCUGCAGACUGGAAGUACAUACUAUAUCUCAGUGAGAGCCACAGAUUUUGUGAAGAAGACAACAGUUGCUGUAUCAGGGGGUUUCCUUGUCGACGCCACACCUCCAGUACUAACAGGGCAACACAUUGACGUGGAGGGACGAUACAUUACAUCACGUCUUAUACAUGUCUGCUGGAGGAACGUUUUCUCAGACGAGGAAAGUGGAAUAAAGUCAUACAGCGUUGCUAUGGGCACCAGACUUGCGUAUGCUGAUGUGUCAGAGUACAUGAUGACCGUUGAGGAUUGUUUGGACAUUGACACACUUAAUAAAACAGAGGAUGGUCACUCGUAUUAUAUAACUGUGAAGGCCAUCAACGGUGCAGGUCUGUACACACUGUCAUCAUCACGACCUCUGGUUGUGGACACCACGCCUCCAUCUACUGGCCACGUCUAUGACGGAGUACAGUCAGCUGCCUCACAUGAUGACAAAGACAAGGACUAUAUCACCAGUGUCUCAGAGAUGGCAGCCUACUGGGAAGGCUUCGACGAUCCUCAUUCAAGUGUCGCCAUUUACAAGGUCAAGGUCGGAACCUGCGCAGGAUGUGACGACAAAAUGAAAGAAGCCAAGACAGGGCUACAUCAAUAUAUCAGCCUCCAGCACAUCCUGCUCUCCCCUGGAGUGAAGUACUUCACCACAGUGACAGCCUGUAACACAGCAGGCCUCUGCAGCAGCUCCUCAACCUCAGACGGUGUGAUCCUGGACAGCUCCCCACCAGUUCCUGGAACAGUGCAGGAUGGCACAGGCGACGUUGACAUACAGUUCCAGGCGACGAGGACAUUCAUCGGUUGCAAGUGGCGAGGCUUUAGCGACCCUGAAUCAGGAUUAGAUUACUAUGAAUGGCGUGUCGGAACAAAACCAGGAGCUGACGACAUUCUCUCAGCCCGCACUGCAGCCUUGGGUGAGGUCAUCUUCCACACCCUGCCACAUGACCAACAGUUGCCCGUAGGACGGACAUUGUACAACACUAUCCGGGCAUUCAACAAAGCAGGGCUUUAUUCAAAGGCCAUGUCUAAUGGGGUACUGGUGGAUGACAGCGUUCCCAUUGUGGUUACACCUCCGACAGUGAGAAGGUUAAUGUCCCUUGUUCCUAACACUACAGUCAGUCGGACAGCUCUGAGUCUACACUGGGAGUUCCAAGACGUUGAGUCCUCCAUAGAACGCCAGUACCUCUCCUUAUCAUCUCACCAGCUUGGAGAGAUAGAUAGUUCUAAUCUUGAGGUUCCUGGUUUACUUCGAGAAUACACUUUUGUGAACCUUGACUUGCAUGAUGGAAGUAAAUACAAGGUGAAGGUUACCGCGUGCAAUAUGGCGGGUCUCUGUGUAUCGGAACAUACAAACAACAUUUUGGUUGACAGCUCUAAACCAAAUACAGGUACGUUCGCCAUAGAAACCGACCACGCAGUGAAACUUGCACGACAUCAGACUGGCUUGAUGACUUGGACCGGGACCAGUCUGAACCUGGCGUGGCUUGGCUUCUCUGACCUACAUUCAGGGGUGGACCAUUACCUUGUAACAAUAGGAUCUCAUGAAUUCGGAACAGAUUACAAUACGGGUACACUACCGGAGAAGGUCUUCCACAGUGACUCGGGUGUGAACAAGGGUGAUGAAGGAGUCCUGCAACGUUUCACAGUACACACUCGUACCCUGCCGUCAUCAGGAUCUGUGUUUGUAGCUAUCUGGGGUGUGAAUGGGGUUGGCCUACAGAGUGAUGCCUACCACGCUGAACUGGUCCUGGAGGCAGACUCUACUCUGUGGCUGGUGAGGAGGUGCCAGGCCUACAACUGUGAGGGACAUUGUGUCUGUGCUGUGCAGGGCGGUACCUGUUCUGCCAGUAAAGCAUGUACACAAGACAAAACAGGUGGAGCAGAUAAAAACAUCACAAUCAAAGACGUGGUGGACGUCAUGUCUCCGGGUGGUUCUAAUGACGUCGACGUCAGUCUGUUCAACACCGUCAUGGCUGCCACUUGGACUGACUCGUCAGGGGGAUCACCUGUUUCACGAUAUGAAUACAGUAUAGGCGGAGAAGAGAGUGAUGAGCCAAUGGGAGUGUUUGACGCCACGGCCGACAGGGUUUGGUUUGAUGCAGGUCUACAAACAUCUGCUGUUGUCUCAUUACCUGCAGGCAAGUCUCUGACAUCUGGAGUAAAAUAUUCCUUCUUUGUGAGAGCGUGGUAUAACAAAACCAACAGCAUCUUCAAAUCGGAUGGCGUCCUUAUCCAAACAGCACCACCCACAGUAACAGUCAAGAUGGGCCAAGCUGUGAAAGAGCUUGCACACCCAACUGACACCAAAGAUACAGACUUUCAGACACAGAACGAAACUCUGUUUGUCCAGUGGAGUGGAAAGUUCCUUCAGGGUCAGAGCGGCAUCCUCAGAUACAGGGUCUUUAUCAGCACUGUGCAAGGAGGUCACAGUAUCCAUGAAUCAGGGGACCUGACCUUCACCAGCUAUACAGCGACAGGUCUGAGUUUACGUCCAAACACCGUCUACUACUGCAGUGUCCUGGCUUACAACAAGGCUGGUCUGGUCAGCUGGGCCUAUUCUGAUGGAGUACAGGUGGACGUCAUGCCUCCAGUGGCAGGCAGAAUAAUGGACGGACUCCGAUGGUAUGAUAUAUACAAUAUCCAUGACGUGGACUACCAGAGUUCAACAUCCGAAGUCUCUGCCUCCUGGUACGGCUUCUCGGACACAGACUCCACCAUAGCCAAGUAUUUCUGGUGUGUGGGGACAAUCAACGACACAUCAGAUUGCAGUGUGAUGGACUGGUUGGCUACAGGACUACACACAUCUUCUAGGAGGUCACUCUUAUCUCCAAUCGUUAAUGGUACAAGAAUAUGGAGCAAGGUGUAUGCGGUGGAUGCUGUUGGUUACACCUCUGAUGUUGUUGUAUCUGAUGGAGUCGUUGUUGAUGCAUCUCCACCUGAACGUCAGGAUGUAGCAUAUCUUGGAGACAAUCUGGUGAAGAACCCAUCUUUCGAGGUAGACGAUAUUACAGGUAGUACAUCAAGCUGCAACCUCGUCAUACCAACAUCAUGGGAAACUGACACAGCGUCCUGUAUCAAGGUUCAGGCGCCGGAUUCACCUUUAGCUAAAGAUGGACAUAUGUUUGUGUCCGUAAGUGGAAGCAUCCAACAAACGAUCUCAGGUCUUGAGGUUGGGAGGCAGUACAAGCUGACUCUGCAUGCUGGAUACCCAGAGACUGUUUCCAACACCCACAGAUCAGUUGAUGCAAUAGUUACAAUAGGAAGUGAAGUCUUCAGCUUUACCCUUGACCCUAACCUCUGUAGAGGCACCUGCAGUGUCGGAGAUCACUCAGUCGUCCUCUGGAACAAGCACACAUACAGGUUCACAGCCGUAGAUACCAGUGUAGUGCUGAAGAUAACGUCAUCGUCAAGGAUGAUGGAGUUUGUACUGGACCAUGUAAGUGUCCAGACUGUGGACUAUGUUGCUGGUCAGGACAGUGUGGACACAGAGGAGCAUCUGGUGGUCCACUCUGUGUUCCUGUCACACUGGUCAUCUCUACAUGCUUCCUGGCACUUUGAGGACCUACAAUCUCCAAUUACACAGUACAAGUGGGCGAUUGGCACAACUCCAGGUGGUACACAUGUCCAGGGCUACACGGACCUAGGUCGAGCCACACAGGGAACACUGUCUAAUGUGCAGCUGCUCCAUGGCGCCACUGUUUACAUUACUGUCAUGGCGACGAAUGCUGCUGGGCUGACAGCUGUGACAUACUCUGACGCCAUCACAGUAGACAUGACUGCACCACAGUUCGACCUCAUCAGUGAUGGUCUGGAUGGACGAGAUGAAGACUAUCAGACAUCAGGUGUGGUGAGUGUCUACUGGCAAGUCAGAGAUGAAGAAUCAGGUGUAGAACACUGCGACUGGGCUAUUGGGAGGACACGAGGCAGCAGUGACAUGAAACAGUUUGAGAGGGUCCCCCCAGGUCAGUCCACAGCCCAACAUGACAUCGCCUCUAAGAUCCACUCGUCAUCUGUGACAGUCUACACCACAGUCCGGUGCUUCAACAAGGCGGGGCUGGCGGCGGCCAUGACGUCGGAUGGAGUUGAAGUGGUCCAGACAAGGAACCAGACAUCAGUUCCUGGCUUCAGUGUCCUGAGAGAAAGUCAGUCGGUGUACAGUGAGAGGGAUAUGUGUCACCAGAGUCAGGAGAAAGUCCGACUCCGAUGGGACAAAACCAGCCGACAUUUCAAAACAGUGAUUGGUAUUGAGGGAGAUACGCUGACACAGCAGAAUGUCGUCCCCGUCCAUCUGGAGUACACCUUGGCCACAUUAGUGGGUGUAACACUGAAGGAUGGAUCGACAUAUCAUGCCCUCAGUUUUCCUAUUGACGGGAUGGGAACACACGGAGAGACAACUAUGUUGAACUUCACGGUGCAUGGGCUUCCUCCAGCGAUAACAGCUUCUGACCGUUUGUCUGUGGUCAAAACUGGCGACCGACUGACCGUCGCCUGGCGGAAUAUGUUUGCUUCUCCCUGGGACGACCUGAAGUAUGAAGUUCACGUUGGAACAGUUCUCGGAGGCGCCGAUAUUGUAGACAAGCUGUUAACAGAGAACGAUGAAAUCACUCUGACUUUAAAUUCGCAAUAUCGCGGAUUUGAUGAGAUUUAUGUUACUCUAAACGCUAUUGACACGUGUGGUCUGUCGACCUGGUCCACACAAACAGUAAGCUUGAACUAAGUGCACUUCAUUCGUGUUUCCUAUAUUAUGGUAAAAUUUAAAACCAGCAUGGUGCACCGAUUUUCAUUCUCUUCAAUUAUGAUAUAUUAUACAAUUAUUCAAUCUGAAUAGUAAUUCAUAGAAUAACACAAACUAUACUUUUACGAACACAUUACUCAUUUUGUGCAAUGCAAAUGCACACGCAACAUGUCUCUCAUGAGAAAGGUAUUCGCCUUUUCAUGGAUGCAGACCGAGCGGCAUACUGACAUGCAACAGGGGACAUGAAGCGUGAAUGUUAUACAUAUUUUUUCUAUACUUACAUGGCGUGAUUUUUGUAUUUUCUUAUAACCUUGGUAUUUACAUUUUUUAUCCAUCCUAUUCACAUAUACGUUCAAUAUAAUUAUCCACCAUAACUGAACGUAACCUAUAAACAAACACACACAAACAUCCUUGUACUUGUGGAUGUCAAGGAAAGAAAUAUGAUUGUAUCGAUUAGUAUACUAAAUAACAGGAUUGCAGGAGGGGAAUACCCGAGUAACUCCCAUUCUCCUGAAGUGAUUGAACCAAGGAUCCUCCUGAAUAUGGAAAGUUUUUAGAAUAUUCUCCUUCUUGACAGAACCCUACUUUCACACUCUUUCAUUUCUUACUUGUGGAAGCUAUCUGAAAAAUAAACGCGAACUUUGUGUAGCUUCA